AACUACUUUGGCAACAGCAAGGAGCCCUUUGCGCUGACCAUCGCCAACUCCAAGAUCUACGUCAUCACCAAGUCGCGCGAUGUGGCCGAGGCGUACCGCAACACCGACACGCUCUCGUUCAACGAGUUCGUGCAGGCCAUGAUGCGCGCCUGCGGCAACUCCGAGUCCUGCGUCCGCGCCAUGUACACGCCGCUCCCGCGGGACAAGGCCGGCUUCCCAAACCCGCACGGCAAGCCUCUGGCCACGCUCGCCCGCCAGAUGCACAUCCACCAGCUGUACCCGGGCGACAACCUCGACUUCCUGGAGCGCCAGUUCUACGACUGGUUCGUCGCCCACCUCGAGUCGGUCGACGUGAUCCGGCGCUUCUGCCCGUACGCCACGGCCGAACCUACUACUAGUAACAAGAACUCGGUCGUGGUGCCGCUCAUGGAGUGGUGCUCCGACUUCUUCACGCGCGCCGGGCAGAAGGCUUACUUCGGCGACGCGCUGGCGGGCAUCGACCCGGAGCUGACCAGCGUGUUUAUUGUCUUUGACGAGCUCAGUUGGCAGGUGCUGUACCAGUACCCGAGCUUCCUGGCGCGCGAGAUGAAGGCCGCCCGCGACCGCAUCCAGCGCGCUCUCCUCAAGUACAUCCAGAUCCCGCAGGCGCAGCGCACGGGGGAUGCCUGGUUCACCAAGGCCAUGGAGAACGAGAUGCGCGCGCUCGGGAUUUCCGAGGAGGAUAUUGCUACGAUGCUGGUUACCAUCUACUGGGGCAUCAACACCAACACGCGCAAAGCCGCCUUCUGGCUGCUCACCUACCUCCUACACCGCCCAUCCCUGAUCAACGCAGUCCGCACCGAAACAGACCCCGCCUUUCUCCCAGACGGCUCCAUGGACCUCUCCAAACUGCACGACGGAUCCUGCCCCCUGCUCGACUCCCUCUGGAACGAAACGAUCCGCAUGUCGGCCUACUCGGCCUCGGUGCGCUUCAUCACGCGCGACACCGUCAUCGGCGGCAAGAUCCUCCGCAAGGGCAACCGGCUGAUGAUCCCCUACCGGCAGCUGCACUUCGACGAGGACGUGUUCGGCCCGGGCAUCGAGCAGUUCCGCCCGGAGCGGUUCGACGAGAAGGCCAACCUCACGCGAAGCGAUAACUGGCGGCCUUUUGGCGGCGGCAGUACCAUGUGUCCCGGCCGCUAUGUCGCCAAGCGGGCCGUUAUGCUGUUCGUGGCCAUGUUGUUGAGGCGGUUUGAGCUGGAGAUGGUCGGCGGGCCGGACACGCCCGUGCCGGAUGCCGAGCAGGGGAAGCCGGUGCUGGGGAUUAUGAGUGUGAAGGAGGGGCAGGAUUUGAUGGUGCGGUUGACGAGGAGGGUGUGA